GGCUCCUCCCUCCUCCGCCCCCCACGCUUGCGCAGAACUCUUCAAAGCAGAAGGUUGAGCUUGGAGGAAGUCUCUGCUUCGGUUCCUUGACUGAACCGACGUUACUACUUUUCGAACCUCUUCUCGGCUGCUUUCCGGGACGCUCAGCCGCCAGGAUGCCUCGAAUUAUGAUUAAAGGAGGCGUGUGGAGAAACACGGAGGAUGAAAUUCUGAAAGCAGCAGUAAUGAAAUAUGGGAAAAACCAGUGGUCUAGGAUUGCCUCUCUGCUGCAUAGGAAAUCAGCAAAGCAGUGCAAAGCCAGAUGGUAUGAGUGGCUGGAUCCAAGCAUUAAGAAGACAGAAUGGUCCAGAGAAGAGGAAGAAAAACUCUUGCACAUGGCUAAGUUGAUGCCAACUCAGUGGAGGACCAUCUGUCCAAUCAUUGGAAGAACAGCGGCCCAGUGCUUGGAGCACUACGAAUUUCUCCUGGACAGAACUGCCCAAAGAGACAAUGAAGAGGAAACCACAGACGAUCCACGAAAACUUAAACCUGGAGAAAUAGAUCCAAAUCCAGAGACAAAGCCAGCACGCCCUGAUCCGAUUGAUAUGGAUGAGGAUGAACUUGAGAUGCUUUCUGAAGCUAGAGCACGCCUGGCUAAUACCCAGGGGAAGAAGGCCAAGAGGAAAGCAAGAGAGAAACAGCUGGAAGAAGCAAGGCGUCUUGCUGCCCUCCAAAAACGAAGAGAACUUCGAGCAGCUGGCAUAGAAAUUCAAAAGAAAAGAAAAAAGAAGAGAGGAGUUGAUUAUAAUGCUGAAAUCCCAUUUGAAAAGAAGCCUGCCCUUGGUUUUUAUGACACCUCUGAGGAAAACUACCAGGCCCUGGAUGCAGAUUUCAGGAAAUUAAGGCAGCAGGACCUCGAUGGAGAGCUGAGAUCUGAAAAAGAAGGAAGAGACAGAAAAAAAGAUAAACAGCAUUUGAAACGGAAAAAGGAAUCUGAUUUACCAUCAGCUAUUCUCCAAACUAGUGGUGUUUCUGAAUUUACUAAAAAGAGAAGCAAACUAGUACUUCCUGCUCCUCAGAUUUCAGAUGCAGAACUCCAGGAAGUGGUAAAAGUGGGCCAAGCAAGUGAAAUUGCCCGGCAGACUGCCGAGGAGUCUGGCAUCACAAACUCUGCUUCCAGUACGCUCCUUUCUGAGUACAACGUCACCAACAGCAGCAUUGCCCUUAGAACACCACGGACUCCAGCUUCCCAGGACAGAAUCCUGCAGGAAGCCCAGAACCUCAUGGCCUUGACCAAUGUGGACACCCCGUUAAAAGGAGGACUCAACACACCCCUGCAUGAGAGCGACUUCUCAGGUGUGACUCCACAGCGGCAAGUUGUUCAGACCCCAAAUACAGUUCUCUCUACCCCAUUCAGGACACCUUCUAAUGGAGCAGAAGGGCUGACUCCCCGGAGUGGAACAACCCCCAAACCAGUGGUUAACUCUACCCCGGGUAGAACUCCACUUAGAGAUAAGUUAAACAUUAAUCCCGAGGAUGGGAUGGCAGACUACAAUGAUCCCUCUUAUGUGAAGCAGAUGGAAAGAGAAUCUCGUGAACAUCUUCGUUUAGGAUUAAUGGGGCUUCCUGCACCCAAGAACGAUUUUGAAAUUGUUCUGCCAGAAAAUGCUGAGAAGGAGCUGGAAGAACGUGAAGUGGAUGACACGUACAUUGAAGAUGCUGCUGAUGUGGACGCUCGAAAGCAGGCCAUACGUGAGGCAGAGCGUGUGAAGGAAAUGAAACGAAUGCACAAAGCUGUCCAGAAAGAUUUGCCAAGACCAUCUGAAGUAAAUGAAACUAUUCUAAGACCGUUAAAUGUAGAACCACCUCUAACAGAUUUACAGAAAAGUGAAGAAUUAAUCAAAAAAGAAAUGAUUACAAUGCUUCAUUAUGACCUUUUACAUCACCCCUACGAAACUUCUGGAAAUAAGAAAGGAAAAACUGUAGGAUUUGGUACCAAUAACUCAGAGCACAUCACCUAUCUGGAACAUAAUCCCUAUGAAAAGUUCUCCAAAGAAGAGCUGAAGAAGGCCCAGGACAUUCUGGUGCAGGAGAUGGAAGUGGUCAAACAAGGAAUGAGUCAUGGAGAACUCUCCAGUGAAGCCUAUAACCAGGUGUGGGAAGAAUGCUACAGUCAAGUUUUAUAUCUUCCUGGGCAGAGCCGCUACACACGGGCCAACCUAGCUAGCAAAAAGGACAGGAUCGAAUCGCUUGAAAAGAGGCUGGAGAUAAACAGGGGUCACAUGACAACAGAAGCCAAGAGAGCUGCAAAGAUGGAAAAGAAGAUGAAAAUUUUGCUGGGAGGCUACCAGUCUCGUGCCAUGGGGCUCAUGAAGCAGCUGAAUGACCUGUGGGACCAAAUUGAGCAGGCACACUUGGAGCUACGUACUUUUGAAGAACUCAAGAAGCAUGAAGAUUCUGCCAUUCCCCGGAGGUUGGAGUGUCUAAAAGAAGAUGUGCAAAGACAACAGGAAAGAGAAAAGGAGCUGCAGCAGAGAUACGCUGAUUUGGUGGUGGAGAAGGAGACUUUAGAGUCAAAAUUCUGAAAUGCAGUCUAUUCUGUCACAGGGCGAAUUAACUGCAGGGUUUCCUCACACAGCUGAUGCUGAUGGUUACCUUGGUGAUAAAUUGACCCACUGCCUUUGGUUUUUUGAUUAUUUUAAAUGAUCUUGAUCACAUGCAUCCUGUGUUGAAGACAUCUAACUCCAAAGGACAGAUGAGGGUUUAAAUUAUUAAGAUGAUCAUUCUUUCACCAGUGUCAUAUUUGCAAGAUUUUUUUUUUAGUUUUGGUCUUUAAUUUAAAAAGCCUGACUCUAAAGUACUGCCUGUGACUAAACCCUUGAAUAAAAACAAAAUAUAACAAUUAAGAAUGUAGCCUUUUGUUUGAAAUAAGUAGAUGCUUAAGAGUGCCCGCAAGCCAGGCACUGUGUGCUCUGUCACUUAGUGAGUCACUCUGGGGGGGAGCGAGGGUUGAUCAGUGUCUAGCGGCUCCUGUGGCUUCAGCACUGAGCAGCCAUCCCUCUGCACCAAGAUAGAUUCACUUGUGAGACCUUUCGGUAUCACUUUAGGAAGGGCCUUUUCUCUGCAGGCUACUUACAUAGUUUCUGAAUUAUAACUUAAGAGACAUAAUUUUUCUUGACUGUUAUUUCUUGUGAGCACUUUUUUGACAAAGGCAAAGUUAUUUCAACAAGGCCAUCAAACUUCUCAGUAUAACAAGUCAAUUACACAAGUACAAACUUUGGAAAAUGAGUGGAAGUGGAAAGAUUAGUUUUAAAAUAAUUCAUAUAAAAGGAUUCAGUACCGUGUCAGCUGCUUGCAAGCUCAUGAUGGGCUAAUGAUGUGUUGGACUUACCAAAAAGUUGGGCCGGUUUCAAAAUAUUAGAGACUAAAGGCAGAGAGGAGGGAUUAAGUCAUUCACACACCAGUAUUUGUUGAAUAAAUACCCUUUGCCAGAGCCUUGGAGAUAGGACAGUGAAUCAAGUAGCCUUGCUUCCUGUUUUGUGGGGUUUAUAUUCUGUUGAGAAUGACAGUUAAAAUCCAAACACUUAGUGUUGGAAAUGAGCAUUCAUAAGACAGAACCCUAUGAGAAGAUUCUGAACAAAGGAAUGCAGCAUCCGAUUGGUUCUGGUGAUUUCUCUUGGGUUUUCUAGGAAAUACAUUGAUAUUUCUUAUGAUAUUUCUUCUAAUAGUUCUAUUAAAUUUUCAUUGCAUGUUUUGUUGGCCUGUGGCAGGGACCAUAUUAGGUAAUGCUGAUGGUAGAUAUUGUUUUGUUUGUGGUUUUAAUGGGAAUGUGCAUUGUGUUUUACUUUUAAAUUGGCUGUUUUUAGUUAUCUAGAUAAGUAGUAUCUUUGUUUUUAGUUUUUAAAGAGUUUGAAUUAGAAAUGGUUCUGGAAUAUUGUCAAGUAUACCUUUGGGCAUCUGUUAUGAUGAUAUGGUUUUUCCUGGUUGAUGUGUUGGUAACUUAUAUUAAUAGAUUUUCCAGCAUUAAACCAUUGCUGUACUUCUGGAACCAGGUAUAUUCAUUUUUUUUUUUAGAAUAAAAGAUUUACAGGGUUUAAAAUUUUUGUAUUUUGUGUAGACUUGAAUUAUAUACGCUUAAAAUAAUUGAUCUACUAAUAUUAAUAAAGACACUUUGUUCUCAAAAA